AUGCGCUUCCUAGGAGGGUGGCUCUGCACGGGCUUGCUGACCCUUGCUAGAGCAGCACCAACAGUCGACAUAAAUGAUCCCGUGAGCCUGGGCAAGUGCAUAUGCGACCUUACACGGGGCCAAUGCGAUGUGAAUUGCUGCUGUGAUCCAGACUGCACCAGUCUCGUGGGCCUCACCGCGAGUUUCAGCUGUCUUCCUGAAGGCCCAGUUAAUGCAAGUGCGCAGUACUGCUACUCGAAAAGCUGGCUUCACAGCGUGAAUCCGCGUGUGGAUCUCUGGGUCAUUGCAGAUGAUCUUCGCGGCCUUUUGUGCGUUUCUGUCGACAACAGUGCAGUGCGUGGCGAAGUGUUCGAGAACGAGGCCACGCUUUCAACUUCGCAGAUCGAUGCGGUUAUACAGGACAGAGAGGGUGCUUUGGACUACAGCCAACGUUGUUCAUCCGGGGCUCUGAUCUACCUUUAA